GGGUUGAACACAGUUAUUAUUGACCAGGAGAGAACGUUUGCAGAUGUAGUAAAAGGAAAACAGGGGGAUAAUAUGGGGAACACCAGGGGUGAGCCGAUGGAAAGGGUAGAUUCAAAUGCUCUGGGCAAGGGAAAAAGUAUAAUGAGGAAUGGACAGGAAGAGCAGAGGCAGGUGUGGAAGAUAAAAAAUAGGGAAGAGGAAUGGAAUGGCAUUGAGUUUAAUGUACAAGAAGGUGAAUAUGAAUGGUUACAAGGUUGUUAUGUGGGGACUACACAUUCAGUGCAAAUAGUCCCAAAUUUGUCAGAGAAAUUUUUCAUGGAGGGGUAUUUUUCUUGUCGACUACGGGCCAUGGGGGGCAAACUUGUCCUCAUGGAUUGUGAAGACAAGGAAGAACUUAAAGACUUAGUAUAUGAUGGAGCAGAUUGGUUGAGCCAAUGGUUUUCUAAGGAUGUAGAUGAGGACACAAAGCAGAUGCAACGUGAGCCGAUUAACAUUGAAGAAGACGACGGAGGAAAGUCACAGCGUUGCAAAAGGGAAGCUAGAGGAUGUGCCAUCCUUGUAGAUAAUGAGGUCGAGUUAGCUUCUAACAAACACAACUUCUCUAUAGGUGGAAUUAAUGAAAGGAAGUUCACUUGGUACCACUCAAAUGGGAAUCAAAUGAGCAGAAUUGACCAAUUCUUAUUGUCUAAAGGAUGGCUUUCAAAAUGGUGCGAUACUAAACAGUGGGGAUUAACUAGAACAGUGUCAGACCAUUGUCCAAUAAUGCUGAAAGUCCAAAAAGUGGAUUGGGGACCUAAGCCAUUCAAGUUCUUUGAUGCCUGGCUCGAUGACCAAGGGUGUAAAGAGUUGAUUUCGAAGGGUGAACAAGGCCAGCUCACGGAAGAGGAAAUCAACAAAAGAAAGGAGGCAUUCCUUGACUUAUGGAAAAAUAUGAAUACCAAAGAGAGAAUGGCACAACAGAAGUCAAGGAAAACUUGGUUGGUUAAUGGGGAUGCAAACACCAAGUUCUUCCACAAUUGUGUCAAAGGCAAAUGGAAAACCACAGAAAUGAACAGCAUACAAAUUAAAGAUUCUCAACUAGUUGACCCUACCAUAAUGAAAGAGGAAAUUGCAAAUUUCUUUGAAAACAUGUUCAAAGAGGAGAACUGUAAAAGACCAAAACUCGAGGGUAUUGGUUUUCAACAGAUAACAGAGCAAGACAAUGCAUCACUCGUAGCUCCAUUUACAGAAAAUGAGAUCAAAGCAGCAGUAUGGGAUUGUAAAUGUUCAAAAGCACUGAGCCAAGACAGGUUUAAUUUCAGAUUUGUUAGAAGGGAGUGGGAGACAAUCAAAGGAGACAUGAUAGGAUUCAUAAAAGAGUUUCAAGAAAAAGGAAAGCUGGUUAGAGGGCUGAAUUCCUCAUUUAUUGUCCUGGUGCCAAUAGUGAAUAAUCCACAGAGGAUAGAAGAAUAUAGGCCCAUAUCCUUUAUCAGUGCUGUGUACAAGAUCCUUGCUAAACUAUUGGCCAAUCGACUCAAAAAAGUACUCGAUCAAGUGAUUGGUGAACAACAAAUGGCAUUCAUAAGUGGAAGACAACUAAUGGAUGGGGUAGUGGUUGCAAAUGAGGUAGUAGACAAAGCAAAGAAGAAGAAAAGCAAGAGCUUUCUCCUCAAGAUUGAUUUUGAGAAGGUUUAUGAUAAAGUGUGUUGGAAGUUCCUCAAUUUUAUGAUGCAGAAGCUGGGGUUUUGUGCCACUUGGAGAAGGUGGAUCAUGGAGUGCUUGAGAACAAGCCAAGUUUCAAUGCUGGUGAAUGAGGGCUUAAAUGGGAUGAUUACCAUGGUAGUGCAGAAGGGACUCCUGGAGGGCGUGGAGGUAGGAUCCAAAGGAUUCAAAGUGUCACACCUACAAUUUGCAGACGGAACAAUACUUUUUGGCUCUGCAAUGGAGCAAAAUGUCUGGCCAAUGAAAGGCAUUAUGAGAUCAUGUGAGCUUGUCUUGGGCUUGAAGGUCAAUUUUAACAAAAGCCAACUCUUGGGUAUUGCGGUGAACGAGGAGUGGCUUGACAAAAUGGCAUGGGUUUUAUGCUACAAAAAGGGUAACUUCCCAUUUAAAUACCUUGGAGUCCCUAUUGGUGGAAGUAAUAGAAAGCUGCAUUUUUGGAAGCCAUUGGUGGAUGUUUUCUCGAAAAAACUAUCUUCAUGGAAAGGCCGAUUUUUAUUUCUUGGUGGAAAGAUAACUCUUAUUAACUCAGUGCUGUCUAGCUUGCCCGUAUUCUGGAUGUCGAUGUACUGGAUCCCAUCAGGGAAAGACAACAAGAUUUCACAAAUGGGAGAUUGGAGUAGUGACAAGUGGAAGUGGGACAUAAAAUGGAGAAGGGAAUUAUACAGUUGGGAAGAGCAACAAGUCGCUGAACUCUACAAAGAUAUCCGAGAUGGUCCAAUGGAAAAAGGAAAAAGUGAUCUGCGAUUGUGGAUCCAUAGCAAGGAUGGGAAAUAUUCUACAAGAUCAGCAUACCAAGCACUCACUACGGAACCAAGUGGAUAGCAACAACAGUUAAUUCUAAAAAGGUCUUGGAACUCAAUUGUACCAAGCAAGAUUGCAGCAUUUUCAUGGCAAUUAAUCCAAGAUAAGAUACCAACAAGAGGAAACUUGCUAAGAAAGGGCAUUAUUCAAG